AUGGAAAAUCAAGGCAUUGCGGCGAAUGCUGCACACCAGGCCGCAGGAAAGCUGGGGCUUGCUGAUGGGGCACCCCCGGGCGGCGGCCAGGUGUACAAGGAGCGCGUGUGCUUCAACCCCCACCCCAAAACCCUCACCAUGGCGGGGGACUACGAGUAUUUUGCGGCCCAGGGCCACCACCCCCUGGCCUUCGCACUGGCAGAGCUCGUGGACAAUGCGCUCCGCGCCACCAAGGGCAACACGUCGCGGCCGCGCUCCAUCGUGGUAUCCCUGGUGCUCGACGAGGCGUCGUCGCGGGGCCUGGUGGCGGUCCGCGACAACGGCGUCGGCAUGACGCCGCGGGAGCUGAACAACUGGGCGGUGAUGAACCUGUCGAUGGAGGACCGCGGGUUGCUGGACCCGGCCGCGCAGCAGCAGCAGCCGGCUGGGGGGCGCUACCUCAGUGGGGACAUCAGCUACUUUGGCGUUGGCUCCAAGAACGCGGCGUUCUACCUUGGCCGCACUGUGAAAGUGGUCACGCGGCCGCCAGGGGGCCAGAGCGUCCAUGAGCUCUGCAUACGCGGGGCUGAGCUGGAGCGGCGCUUCAAGGCGGGCGAGGCUGUCUACGAAGAGGACAUGCUGCACAGGCCCCCUGGAGCCGCUGCCGUCGGCGCGGGCACGGCGGCCGGCGGGCCAGCUGCGCCGGCUGAUGUGGAGGCGGGGUUUGGCCCCGCAGAGGCCUGGCUGGCGGAGGAGGCUGCGGGACAGGCUGCGGACGAGGCAAGCGGCAGCUUCACGCGCGUGGUGGUCGGCGACCUCAAGCCGGAAACGCUGGCCGCGCUGGUGGACGAUGGCGCGCUCAGCGUGCUGCGCGACCUGGCGCACCUGUACCACUACUACAUCCAUGGGCCAAAGGGCAACGCUUUUGUAACGCCCGCGGCGCGAGCCCAGCAGAAGGGGCGGCACCAGCUGCCCGGCGGCGAGGCGCUGCCAGACAUAGUGGUGGAGCUGCUGACAGACACAUGCACGGCGCCAUGCAUUGUCGCCGGCGAGGGCGAGGCGGGCGUGGCGCCUCGCGCUGCGGCCUCUGACGGCUCGGGGCUCGGCAGCCAAGGCGUCCGAUGGCGGCGGCGGCUGGCUGACGUGGACGAUGACAUGGAGAGCCGCUACCUGCGCGCCGCGCGCAGCACGCUGGAGUUCUGCCUGGAGGUCCCGGCCAUGGGCACUGUUGAGGGUGUCCUGUGGUACUUCCCAUUUGAGAACGACCAGGCAAGGCAGAGCAUGGGCCUCAAAACGGGCUUGCAGCGUACGAUGUUUGGGAUAUACUUGAGAGUGUUGGAGACAGUCCCCGUGGACGACGAGACGCGCAGCCGGAUGGCGCUCAGCGCAGCGGCAGGCAGCAACGGGCCCUCACAGAUGGUGCCGCCGGGGGGCCCCGGCGGCGCCGGCCGCACGGCCGGGGCGCUCGCCCUCAACGCGACCCAGCUGCCGGCGCUGCUGGGGGGCCCCACGCAGGGGCCAGGCGGGGUGACUCAGCGCGCGCCACGGCUUGGGGGUGCUGAGCUGGAAAUGCAGGAUGCAGCCACGUCACGUGUGCUGCAGGCGUCCCCAAUCUUUGAGGCCUUCUGGCAGGGCCGCCUCAUCCCUGGCGCCUGCGUGCCCAGCCUGCCGUUCCUGGAUGCCACGCGUGCCAAGCGCACAGCCGCCGCCAAGGACCUUCUGCCGGACGAGGUGUUUGGGCGCAUCAGGGGCGCGCUGUUCUGUGGGCCAGGGUGGCGCGUGACGCGCAACAAGCUGAUGUUCCGGGACAACCUGUCGCAGCUGCUGGCCGACGCCGUGCCAGCGGACCGCCACCUUGAGCGCCGUGCACGGGAGUGGCUGGUGGAGUGCCACCGCUCCCUGGACAGGAGCGUGCGGUUUAAGGGCAUGGUCAACGCAGCCACACAGGCCCAAGCUCGCCGCGAGCUAGGGGAGGACGUGACCCUGUUUGAGCGCAUCCACGACGGCCUGGGCGCCGUGGCCAAGGGGGAUAUCGUGCGGCUGGCCACCAAGCCGCAGAUUGUUGGAAAGGGGGAGUGA